AUGAAUUUUGAAAUUAUAAAUGAUUUUACUCGAAAUAAUAUAGAAUUUAAUUUUAAAGAAUAUUAUCAAUUAUUAAAAUUAAAAGAAGAAAAUUGGAGAAAUUAUAAUCAAUUGUAUCCAUUUCCAAAUGAAAUAAUAAUUUCAAUAUUAUUUUCAUUAGCUAGAAAGUACAAAAUAUGUACAAAGAAUGUUCAUUAUUCAAUUUGUUUAAUUCAAAGGUAUUUGGGUUUAUUUGAAUUUAAUAAAAAGAAUCAAUCACCUAAUAAAUUAUCUUCAUCAUCUUCAUCUUCUACUUUAUCAUCCACUUCCUCUUCAUCAUCUUUAAAAGAAUUAAAUGAAUUUCAAAUUUCAAUAUGUGCAUUAAAUAUAUCAUGUAAAUUAAAUCAAGUUUAUUGGUGUAAAACAUUUGAAUUUAAAUCAAUAAUAAAUAGUUACUUUGAAAAAGAUGAUUAUUUAAGAGUUGAAAUUGAAUUUUUAAGUAUCAUAAGAUUUCAUAUUACUAUUCCAUUAAUUAGUGAUUUCGUUGGUAUUAUCAUUGAUGGUUUCUAUCUCUCAAAGAAUCAAGAAGAUACAUAUAAGUCAAUAAUUGAUUUCAUUUAUUUUAAACCAAAUGAAUUCCUUUGUAAACAAUCUUUCACUCUAUUGGCAUUAUCUGUUUUAUGUAUUACAUUUUCAAUUCAUGACCCAACUUCAUUAAACUUUUAUAUAAAAUGGGCUUCAAAUAUUUCAAAUUAUACAUUUCAAUCAUUACAAUUACAAAUUAAUAAUAUUAUUAAAAUUGUAUUUAAUAAUAAAAUGACAUUAAAAGUAUUUAAUGAACAAAUUUGGGGAAAUAAAAAAUAA